AUGAAGGUAUAUCUUUCAGAAUUAAAACUGAUAAUUUUUGCCCAUGUAAAAUUGGAUAUGCUGAAUAUUAAAUUAAAGACACUAUAUGCGGAUGUAUUUUCUAAGUUAAUUAAUUUAGUAUGUCAGCCAAGAUGUCGAACCUGUUUCUAAGCUGCUGAUGAUACUACAAAUUAAUAUUGUCUAACUUGUAUUUCUGGAGAAAAUCGUAACUUGAUCGAAGAAUUCAAAUGUGAAUUCUAAGAUAAUUAUGGUGAUAAUAAUGGGACUGUAAACAUUUGUUUCAGUAAAUUACAUUAAUUAUCAUAGUUUGUGAUUAUACUUGUGGAAGCUGUUUAAAUUCUCAACCUACAGGAUUUGUAACUUGUUUAGAAAGCCCAAAUAGAUACUUGACAAUUUUAGGAUAGUAUUUAUGUUAAUCGUCAUAUUAUGAUGAUUUAACAGAUAGCAUUGAAUGCUCAAGUAAUUAUAUAUUUAUUUUAUAAUUAAUAGAAUGUUAUUACACAUGUUAAGAAUGCGCAAACAGUCCUGAAAAAGCUGCUUGUACAGAAUGUCCUGAAACCAGAAUACCUAGUAAUCCAACACUUGAUAAUUAUGAAUGUGUUUGCCAAUUUUCUAACUUUUUUGAUGAUGGAUAUGCACUAAAAUGCUAAUAAUGUGAUUUCACUUGUAACACUUGCAAUGGACCACUUUCAUCUAAUUGUUUAACAUGUGAUAACUCAUAUAGAUACAAUUAAAUAAGAAAAAUUUUAUAAAAAUUAUUUAAGACUUUUCUUUAAUUACCUAUUUCUUUAUUCCUUUUUUCCGCUUAAUUAAAUAAAAAAAAUCAGUUAUAAAUAAUUAAUUUAACACAUAGGCAAGUAGAUUGA